AUGCAGCAACUCCCCACCAUCCUCCCGCCCCCGCCAUUACCCGACGGCAGCGAGCAGCAGCGCCCGCCAGAGCGGCACGCCAACCUCGUGCGCUUCCAGUCCGAGCUCGAGUUUGUGCAGUGCCUCGCGAAUCCACUAUACCUCCACGAGCUGCACGUCCAGCGAUACUUUGAGGACCCCGCGUUCCUCAAGUAUCUCGAGUAUCUCGAUUACUGGCGCAAGCCAGAGUAUGUCCGCUUCAUCAUCUACCCCACCUGCCUGGCCUACCUCCAGCUCCUGCACACGCCGACGUUCCGUACCAUGCUCGGCGACAUGGGGUUCGUCGGCGAGUUGAUGCGUAUCGGCACGACGCACUUCGAGACCUGGCGCGCAGAGAAGGAAGACAAGGUCAAGGCAGAGCCCGAGGCCACGCCCGAGGCGUCGGCGCCAGCAGACGAAAAGCCCGACAUCGAAGCAGACGCAUAGAUCCUACACGUCGUGUUGUACUAAUAAUG